AAGUAAACUCGCAGCGCGGAGCAUGUCGGGAGCACAGAAUCGGGCGGCAACUAUUAUCACGCAGCCUUCCCCGCCAAGGCGGAGAUUCUAUUGAUUGUCUGCUUCUUGGCGCGGUCCUUUCUGAUUGGACGAGUCUUCGUUCUGCAUAAAAGACAAGAACGGCGCGCGCCGAAAGUCAUCUUAAGCAGUAGCCGGAUUCGGAGUUAUGAGCUGCUUAAUGAUGCCCGGAGUGCAGCCAGGGUCUCCCUGCAAGGCCCGCGGUCAGAUACAGGUUAUCUUUGGACCCAUGUUCUCUGGGAAAAGCACUGAACUCAUGCGCCGAGUCCGUCGUUUCCAAAUUGCACAGUACAAAUGUCUGCUGAUCAAGUAUGCCAAAGAUACACGCUACUCUACCAAUGGGGUCUCCACGCAUGAUAGGAAUACCAUGGAGGCCCUUUCAGCUUGUUGCCUCAAAGAUGUGCAUCAAGAGGCCCUCAGCUCUGCAGUGAUUGGCAUAGAUGAGGGCCAGUUUUUUCCAGAUAUUGUAGAGUUCUCUGAGGCAAUGGCCAAUGCAGGGAAGACAGUCAUUGUUGCAGCCCUUGAUGGGACCUUUCAGAGGAAGGCCUUUGGGAACAUCUUGCAGCUGGUCCCCUUGGCAGAAAGUGUGGUGAAACUGAAUGCUGUCUGUAUGGAGUGUUAUCGCGAGGCCUCUUACACGAAGAGGCUUGGAACAGAAAAGGAGGUAGAAGUGAUUGGAGGGGCAGAUAAGUAUCAUUCAGUCUGCCGUGUCUGUUACUUCAAGAAACGAUCGCACCAACCAGCACUUGAGGACAAAGAGAACCUACCAGGAGGGAACAAAGCAUUAGAGAUCACUGCAGCCAGGAAGGUCUUAGCUGCCCGUCAGAUCAUGCAGUGGAGCCCAUCAAACUGAAUCGGGUGAAACAAGACUGCCUGCUCAGUGGACUUGCCUCACAGGAUAAAUACUGAGGCUCUAGAAACAGAGCAGCUGCUGCAGGGAGAAAUGAGACCAGAGCACAAUGCAGCAUGCUAUCAAGUUUUACUUAUUUAAGCAAAAGAUCCCUUCAAUACUCUGCCGUCCAAGGAAUGUUUCCCUACGUUGCUGUCUUUCCUUCUGGGGUGAAUCUUGCCUGCUCUUUUUACUCACUUCAGGGUUUAACUGUCCCAACAGUCUGGGGCAGCUAAGCUCACUAGCAGAACCUGUUUGAUUGUAAAAACAGAACUUUAGUGUUCUCAUCUCUGGCAUUCCCCUUGACGCUCUAGUCUCUGGCAUUCCCCUUCAUUAAGACAGUUUUUAAAAAACAAACUCAAAAUUUGAACCCAUUUCUCCAGUGGGGAAUUCCUAAAAUUUGACAGUUUUUGGAACACUGACCAGACUGAACAAAAAUUUUUAUUUGGUGGUUUUGUCCAUGCAUCUCACUAUACUUCAUGUCAGCUAAUAUUAUGGGGAUGGAAGGUGGUUCUUCUGUUCUGUGGCAAGACCAAUUCACAGUGCAGUCCUGUACAGAAUAACUCCAGUCUUGGCCCAUUGAUUUUAAAGGGCUUUGACUGGAGUAGCUAUUCAUUUACAUAUAGCACAGCUUGGCUUAAAAGUUCUGCUUUUUAAUGACUAAUACUGCUGUGUUAGUGUCAAUUGCCCUUUAUAAUGGCUGUUUCCCACUUCUGGCAUAUCCUGUUUAACAUUCAGCUUGUUGACAGCUGAGUAUGAAGACAAACAGUUGGAAUGGGGGGUUGGGGUUGGACCUACUUUAGCUGACACUUUUGCACUUAACCAUACCCUCCUCUACUAGGAAGAUACUGCUUUUCUAAAGGCUGGGCUAUUUUUAUGGCUCCUCAUAAAGUUAUUAAAUAAUUUGGUAAAUA